CGGCGCGCGCCCUCGCCAACGGGGCGGCCCUGCUCGCCUCGCUCGAGAAGUGGAGGCCGUCGGUGCGCGCGAUCGAGGCGGCGGUCGCCCCGAUCGCGGCUGAGCUCAACGAGGCGUCGGGCGGCGCGGUGCUUGCCCACGGGCAGGGCGCGCUGUGGGGCGGCCUCUUCGCCCACCCCGAUCCCCAGGCGCGCACCGCCGCCAACCUCGAGUUCAAGCGCCUCUGCGCAGAGGCGCGCGUGCUGCCCUACUUUGUGCCCGUUGGCGGCUUCAUGCUUACGCCGCGCUACGACGACGACCCCGACGUGUAUGGUGCCGCUGUCAGGGACAUGGCCGAUUGCGCGUUGCAGGCGGCGCGCAGCAUGGGUUGGGCGCCGUCGGCGCUUCUGCCCGUCUCAAAGCCCGCACCUCGAGAUUCUUGAGGUUUGAGGCGCUACACUUUGCACGGCCGGUUCCACUCGAACGGCCGGUUCCACUCGAGUUUGCGGUACGAAAAGGUGCCGGGCGCGUUCGCCGUCGCUGCCACCGGUUUGGGGGAUCGCCAGCCACGUCCCACGUGGUCGUGCAGUCCAGCACCUUACGCCAUGCGGCAGCAACGCGGGUGCAAGGUGUGUUGCAACGUGAGGUGCUCGGGGUCCGACCGCAUACGUGAAGCUAGCAUUUGAUAUGUGCGUGUGUGCGGUUGUGAGGGUCCUCUACGGCUCUUGGGCUCUAGCGUUUCUAGCUCGGGUUGUCUCAUCACACGAAAAUAGCAAUAAAACCCU